AUGGCGACAGGCAUGUCCUCAUACGUUGUUAACAGCAAGCACGGUCCAAGUCAAGCAACCGCACCAGCUCGUUUAAGAAUCAACGCCUUCUCACCCAGCAUUCAGCAGGAGUCCUUCCAGGACGAUCGUCACAAGCAAAGGUCAUUUCGAGCUCAAGAUAUGGGACGUCCGACUUUCGACUUGCGCACCAAAUCUGCAAAAAACAUGGGCAAAGUGGGACUGACGGUGGUGGGAGGUCUCGCGGCUCUAGGUCUUUUUCUUCUGCUCUCGAGCGGCGCCAAUCGCUACGAUUAUACCUCUUCACCCUCCUACCUCUCGUCGUCCACUUCGGCGUACAAAGCAGCGAACACAGCUAUAGACGAUGUUAUGGCCAAAUGCGCGUUAACAGAAACUCACUACAUCCCUUGUAAGGUAAAUCAUGCUGAAGAAAUUGCUUCCCAGCUUCUCUCGCGACAGUCGCGUACGCCUCAAGAAGCAAUUCGGGCGUACAAGCGUCGAUACCUGCGUGCACCUCCUCGCGCUUUUGAGGCAUGGGUCAAACUCGCUCUGGAACACAAUGUGACUAUCAUCGACGACUACGAUCAAAUCGAAGUUGAUCUCAAUACGUUUCGAAAAGCUGGUCUCGUGGGUGGCAAGCUCAAGGCACGCAUCCUCGAAGCCAAAUCUGAGCUGCCUGGCCACGAGCUUGGCCAGCUUAGCGUGGUUGAUGGUCAGGUAGUCGUUCUUGGUCCGGAUCUAGGCCCACUCUCUGCCUCUACUCUGAUCGAGCUGCUGAAACCCGUGCAGCAUAUCAUCCCAGAUGUGUCGAUCCUUUUCAACUGGUAUGCUGAGCCGAGAGUGCCGCAUGCCUCAUCACGGGCACCUACCGAGCUGCUUCGGUCGACCGAUCUGUCAGGCAAGGAUCCCACAGCCGUCCUGGCCAAAGCCUGCCCUUCCAACCACUUGACACCGAAAAGAGCCUGGAACAGUCUACAGCCGCCGAUGGACUAUUGCUCAGAGGAUCGUCACGAGCUGAGAGAGCUUCACGGCUUCUUUCAAGCUCCAGCAAACUUUAACCCGCUCAACAAGCUAGUUCCCAUGCUUUCCAGAUCCAAAAUCUCAAACUUUGCCGACAUCUUGGCUCCCAACGUCUGUUAUGGCAACGAGAUGUAUCGAGGCUAUCCCGAUAAGAUCCCUUGGGAGGGCAAGAAGGAUGUCUUGUACUGGCGAGGCACUACUACAGGUGAAGCGCAGACUCCAACAACCUGGGCGCGAGGACACCGACACCGCAUGCUCCGGUACGUCAAGCAGCUACGUGAAGCAGCCAACAAGUUGACUUUGGGCGUUGAAGUCGACCCGUUUGACGCGAUUUACGCUCCCAAUAAAACUAUAAUACCGUCGCGUGAAUCGGUUCAAGUCGCUGGAAACACCUUGCCCCUAUUCGACUACACCGAUCGCUCCGUGGUGGAUGCGGUCAAGCGACUUGGUCCCCAAAAGUUCAAUGUAGCAUGGAACAUGUUUGUUCUGGCAGACGAGCCCACUCUGGCCUCACUAACGGCCAAUCAAAUCACCACUGGCACCGAAGGCCGGAAUGAUGUAUACAAGUACAAGUACCUGCUCGAUCUGGACGGCCAAUCGAUGUCGUGCCGAUUUUAUCAGCUGCUUGGCUCCAACUCGCUUGUCUUUAAGCAGACGAUCUGGUCUGAAUACCAUGACGAUCAUCUCGUCCCCUGGAUUCACUAUGUGCCUUUGGAUCUUCGCAUCGAGAACAACGAGCUGCCAAUGUUGCUCGACUUUUUCAUCAGCCAUCCUCAAGGUCCGCAAACGGCUGCCAAGAUUGCAUCGACAUCGAAACAGUGGGCUGAAGCGACGCUUCGCCCGAUCGAUAUUGCUCUUUACUAUGCCAGGGUUCUGAUCGAGUUUGCUGAGCUCCAGAACGCAGCCUUUUGA